CUCGUGCUACCACAGCGAAAAAGAGGAAGGGCCUUGAGGUCAGUGCUCCAAGCUCAGGAGGGUUCUCCUAUGACGAUCUCAGCUUCACCGAUUCCUUAGAGCCGAUGACAUCCUUCCUUAACAAGGGCCUCCAGCAUUUGUUCCACUUGUACAACGAUGCAUGUGGUACUGUCGCCCUUCAUGAAGCCAGGAUUAAGCAGCUUGAAACCACUGUUGCCGACCAAGGUGCCAUCGCCGAGGCAAAGAGCCGGCACUAUGAGGAUAAGCUGAAAAAGGUCACCCAGGAUGCUGAGCUCAAAUUGGCCACCAUGCAAAUGGAUCAUGAUCAGGCCAUGAUCAAUUUCCGGGAAGGAAUCAAGACUUCCGCUAUUGUCUCCCUGCUACAAGCACGCAUCAAGAUGGCCUAUGAGGCCAAGGAGACAGGUCUUGUUUGUCCAUCCUGGCCAAUUGAAUCCUGGGUAGCCAAGCUGAAGGAGCUCGGAGGCAAGGCUGUGCCACUCCCAUCUGAAGCCGGUGAAUCUUCCAAGUCAGCAGAGGUGGCGGAUCAGGCUGGAGACAAGAAGGAUGCUGGUGAGGAUGCUGGACAAGAUGCUGGAGAGGAUGCCGGUGCUGAGAAGCCGGGGAAAGCAGGAGAGGAUGCCGCUGUGUGAGGGCAGCUGAGUGGGCGAUGAUGGAUAUUGAUGCCUAGGCCAGAGCCCACUUUUUUUGUUAGGUUUGAUGGUUGAUGUGUUGAACAAUUUACUUUUCUUGUCUGUUAAACAAUUUUAAUUUC